UGGCCGGGGUUUGGAUCUGGGUCUGGGUCUGGGUCUCGGUCUAGGUGCGGCCUUGGUUGCACAUUGACGUGCUACUGCUUUGUGCGGUCAAACACCGUACUACAUACCAAGCGAGAUAUCGACCUGUGCUCUUUGCGAUGUCGGCUACGGCGGCUGUGCCGUGUGAGAAGAUGCACAGGAAUCUACCGAAUAAUAUUGAGAUGUUAUAGUACGAUACGGGGGGAUGCCUUGGUUGACAGAUGUGGCUGCAGCAGGAUUUCUUUUGAGGAGGAUAAUAGCGAAUAA